UGAAAGGAAACAACCUCCGGCGACAGAGCCCCGCUCUGAGGCGCUGCUGGAGAACCGAGACCGACUUCUUUCUCUUUCCCCUCAUUGGCGCUUCUCCCCUGCCGUUCGCCUCUGGGCCCCGCCGCAUUUCUUGGGGCUUAUAAAGUGGCAUUCUAAAGGCAACUUAAAAAUCAUGUCAAGCUCAGUUGAACAGAAAAAAGGGCCUACGAGACAGCGCAAAUGUGGCUUUUGUAAGUCAAAUAGAGACAAGGAAUGUGGACAGUUACUAAUAUCUGAAAACCAGAAGGUGGCAGCACACCAUAAGUGCAUGCUCUUUUCAUCUGCUUUGGUAUCAUCACACUCUGAUAAUGAGAGUCUUGGUGGAUUUUCUAUUGAAGAUGUCCAAAAGGAAAUUAAAAGAGGCACAAAGCUGAUGUGUUCUUUGUGCCAUUGUCCUGGAGCAACAAUUGGUUGUGAUGUGAAAACUUGUCACAGGACGUACCACUACCACUGUGCAUUGCAUGAUAAAGCUCAAAUACGAGAAAAACCUUCACAAGGAAUUUACAUGGUUUAUUGCAGGAAACACAAGAAAACUGCACAUAACUCUGAAGCUGAUUUAGAAGAAAGUUUUAAUGAACAUGAACUGGAGCCCUCAUCACCUAAAAGUAAAAAGAAAAGUCGCAAAGGAAGGCCACGAAAAACUAAUUUUAAAGGGCUGUCAGAAGAUACCAGGUCCACAUCCUCCCAUGGAACUGAUGAAAUGGAAAGUAGUUCCUAUAGAGAUAGGUCCCCACACAGAAGCAGCCCUAGUGACACCAGGCCUAAAUGUGGAUUUUGUCAUGUAGGGGAGGAAGAAAAUGAAGCAAGAGGAAAACUGCAUAUAUUUAAUGCCAAGAAGGCAGCUGCACAUUAUAAGUGUAUGUUAUUUUCUUCUGGCACAGUCCAGCUCACAACAACAUCAAGAGCAGAAUUUGGAGAUUUUGAUAUUAAAACUGUUCUACAGGAGAUUAAGCGAGGAAAGAGAAUGAAAUGUACACUUUGCAGUCAGCCUGGUGCUACUAUUGGAUGUGAAAUAAAAGCCUGUGUUAAGACUUACCAUUACCACUGUGGAGUACAAGACAAAGCUAAAUACAUAGAAAAUAUGUCACGAGGAAUUUACAAACUAUAUUGUAAAAAUCAUAGUGGAAAUGAUGAAAGAGAUGAAGAAGAUGAGGAACGAGAGAGUAAAAGCCGGGGAAGAUUAGAAAUUGAUCAGCAACGACUAACUCAGCAGCAACUUAAUGGAAACUAGUGUAAUCUUUGCAAGCGUAUAUUGAAGAUUAUUCUGGAGCAUUUAUUGCCUUACCAGAAAUGUUAGUAAGAAAUGUUCUUUAGAGUAGAAAGAUAGACCUGAGUUUCUAUACUUUAAUAAGAGCUCUUUGUUCCUGGGGUGAGGGGGGGAGUGAAUUUUACUUUCAUCUCAAUUUAUUAAAAACCCACAACUGAUACAUUUUAUUUCAAAAAUCAGCAAUUUUAGAAUUUCAGAUAGUACUUGCUCAGGAGUACAUGCUACUCAAGAUAUUAAGAGAAUAACAAGCUAUAUAGAUCUACUGUUGAAUCAGAAUCUAUGUACUUGAACAAAUGUGUGAAUCUUAAAUAUCUCAAAGCAAAAGAAAAGUGUUCUUCCAGAAUGUUGCUUUUUUUAAAAAGCGCUCAAGUUAGACCAAGGUAUAUAGUUUUGUUCUAACAGACAUUUAGGUUAAUUGUAAAGAUAAGGAAUGCAUUAGGGGUCAAAAUCAAACAUUCCUCGCUUGUUAUGUAUAUUUUGUUCCUAUUGGCUUUAUUUUCAAAAUUGUAGUUUGUAGCAUUAGCUUCCUUUUAUUGGUAUUGCAUAUACUAUUCAUUCAAUAAAUGAGUUAUGACUUUCA